AUGAUCCCUUACAGUGGUUGGAUUUUUGCUUUGGUUCCAUUCUUGUCAAGUGUUGAGGCUCUCCCAGCUGCAGGGUCUUCCCCCAUCGAGUUGCCGGUGCGCUGGAUGUACCGCAAUCGGAACGAGGAUAGCAUUGGGAUGAUGCGUGCUGAUCUGCCGAGCGAAAAAAUCUACUAUGAUAAAGAAAUCCUAGAACCUGCUGUGGAGCUUGGCAUCGGCACACCACCACAAAACUUCUACUUGAACUUUGACACGGGCAGCUCAAUCACGUGGUUUCCUUCUCAAUCUUGCACCCAAGAUGAUGGUUGUAUGUCUGAUAGACAUUUCAACCCCAAGGAUUCAUCUACCUAUAAGGACCUCGAUACUGAAUUCCAUGGCCUAUAUGGGUCAACUGAAGCUUAUGGAGACUAUUUCAAGGAUACGGUGCAAGUUGGCGGUGUAUCGUUACCCAAUCAGCAAGUUGCCCAAGUUAACAAGCAAACAGGCACCUUUGCUGACCAAUACGGUCAUGACAGCUUCACUAUGGAUGGCAUCAUGGGUGCUGGUUUUGGCGAAACAGGGCCCACCAUCCCCAUGGAGCUCUACAAUAAUAAGCUUAUCCCAAAGCCUAUGUUCUCGGUGUAUACGGGCGAAUUAGGUGGAAGCUCUGGAUCGGUUGUUUUCGGAGGUGUCCAUGACAACAAAUCGCUCAAUGUAACAGGUGCACGUGAUGGUGAAGAAAUGUGGUAUACUAAAGUACGCACAUUGGAUGUGGAUGGCGACAACGUGUUGUCGUUCAAUGACGAUGUUUAUUGGCUUGUGGAUACUGGUACAAGUCUCAGCCGUCUUCCUAAGGAUGAAGCUGACAAGUUGGCCUCCAAACUUUUUGGGGAUGAUGCUACAUACAAUGAACCCCUUUACACUAUCCAUAACUGCUCAAAGUAUCUAUCUCAAUCAUGGGCUAUCACUUUGACCCUCCCCAAUGUCGAUGGCGGAGAAUUUGAGUUGACAUUCAAUCCCCAAGAUGUAUUGAACGCUCACGCGGGUGGUACUUGCACGUUUGGUUUUGCAACAGAAGACUUCCCCAUUCUAGGCAACAUGAUGUUGCGACGCUACAUUACAGCAUACAACUUUGACGAAAAGACCGUUGGCUUUGCUCUGAAAUAA